AUGAGUCAUUUCCGCAAUAAUGUCAAAGACCAUCUUAAAGCCCGGGAAGACUCCAGCACGACUGAAAUCACAAACCAGAUAUUUGGUUACCACCUUGAUGGCGUCUACCAUGAAGGACUGGUUGACGCAGAGUCCUCUGAAAUGUUUGACAGUCUUUUUGAAUCUGUACGAACAAAAUGGGAGGAAAAGUCUCCAUCCUUCGUCCGCUGGUUUGCCACAACUACUACUAUGAUUAAAGAAACGAUGCUUCCUAAAGUACGAACGGCAGCUGGGUUAGGGUGCCCCCCCCCAAAAAAAAAGGUUCUACACUCACUGCUCAGAGAGCAAUAA